UUGGAAAGAAGGCUGCACUGGUACCCCGUUCCGCAGUCGGACACGCUCAGCCUGCGCCGGACAGAGCGACUGCUCGCUCACCGCCCCCCGCCAUCUCCGCGGGCCCCCGCUCUCCCCCGGCAGCCGCCGCCGUCCGCUGCUUGGGAGGAUACUGCCCGGUUCCUGCGAGCCAGGAUUUUACUUUCGCCUCGCCCUUUCUCCUCCUGCUCUGCUUGGAUUACUCGGCUGCUCUUCCUCGGUGAUCCCGCGGCAAUGGAGAAAUCCACUGCAGUAUUAAUCCAAGGAGGUGCUUUGGGGACAGUUGGCAGUACAAUGGCUUCUCAGUACCUCAUAGUGGCUCUGGCCAUUUUCUCCUCUUUUACCCAGGUUGUAAUAGAAGCCAGCUCUUGGUGGUCUUUAGGGAUGAACCCUAUGAACCCCAUGAACCCUGUUCAGAUGUCAGAGGUAUAUAUAAUAGGAGCCCAGCCACUAUGUAGCCAGCUAGCAGGGCUUUCCCAAGGACAGAAGAAACUCUGCCAAUUGUAUCAGGACCAUAUGCAGUUCAUUGGAGAGGGUGCAAAGACGGGCAUUAAGGAGUGCCAGUAUCAGUUCAGACACAGAAGAUGGAAUUGCAGCACUGUGGACAACAACUCUGUUUUUGGCAGAGUCAUGCAGAUAGGGAGCCGAGAGACGGCGUUCACCUAUGCAGUAAGCGCGGCUGGGGUGGUCAACGCCAUGAGCCGUGCCUGCCGGGAGGGUGAGCUCUCCUCUUGUGGCUGCAGCCGAGCUGCACGGCCCAAAGACUUGCCCCGGGACUGGCUUUGGGGAGGCUGCGGGGACAACAUUGAAUAUGGAUACCGCUUUGCCAAGGAGUUCGUUGAUGCUCGGGAGCGCGAGAGAGUUUACCAGCGAGGCUCCUACGAGAGUGCCCGCAUCAUGAUGAACCUGCACAACAACGAGGCCGGGAGAAGAACUGUGUACAACCUGGCUGAUGUGGCAUGUAAGUGCCAUGGUGUCUCUGGUUCCUGUAGCCUGAAGACAUGUUGGCUGCAGCUUGCCGAUUUCCGCAAAGUAGGCGAUGCCCUGAAGGAGAAAUAUGAUAGUGCUGCUGCCAUGAAACUCAACAGCCGGGGCAAGCUGGUGCAAGUGAACAGCCGCUUCAACGCACCCACCAUCCACGACCUGGUCUACAUCGAUCCCAGCCCUGACUACUGUGUGCGCAACGAGAGCACUGGGUCCCUGGGCACCCAGGGCCGCCUUUGCAAUAAGACCUCGGAGGGCAUGGAUGGCUGUGAACUCAUGUGCUGUGGCAGAGGGUAUGACCAGUUCAAGACAGUGCAGCGAGAGCGCUGCCACUGCAAGUUCCACUGGUGCUGCUACGUGAAAUGCAAGCUCUGCACAGAGAUCGUGGACCAAUUUGUGUGCAAAUAGGGAAUGGAUGAGGUGGGAGGAACUGCAGCCACCUGCCAGCAAGGGGUGCAGGCCCUUCUCCUUUUCCACAGGACAAUCUCCACUUUAUUUAUAGAGUUCAACGAUUUGUUGUCUUCUUUCAAAAGCAAAACAAACAACAACAACAACAAAAAGAGCAGGGGUAAGGAAAAAGAAAAAAGAGAAAAAGAAAAAAAAAAAAAGGAAAAAUACAGAGGUUGCAAAGAAGUGCCUGGAAACGCUGUCUGCGUCCAUCCCAGAACUGUGUGCGUCUUAUAUUUUUGGCAAUAAUGGGGGAGAACCUGAGAAUAUUUAUUUUACAAAGUAAAAAAAUAAAUUGACUUUUCUUAAUAGAGUAGUUUGAGGGGAAAAAAAUUCAACAUAUCCUAAUUUAGUCCCACGGGACGUAAUACGUGUGCAGUAGGCAGAGCAAACCAUGUAAUAUGCUUGGGAUGUUAGAACAAUCCUUAUGGAUGUGAGGAACACACAGACCUGUCCAUGACUUUUAGUUUCAGACACUAGAAGUUAUUAGAAUAGGGCAUAUAAAGCUGUUCAGUACAUUUAGGGCUCUGUAAAUAAGGGGUAUAUUCAUCACAAAGUGCACUAUCAGUUGCAUACCUGAAUGUGCCUGCUUAAGUACACAAUGCCAUCAGAGGGUAAAGAGCAAAGGAUCAUAAAGGCUUCAACUCUGCUAUUCUUGAGUCACCAUGUCUGGUUCCUGAACCUAACAAGACCGAAAAAAACCCAAACCAAAAACCCAAUUAAAAAACCCCAAAACAAACAAACAAAAAUCUGUCUUGUUGAAUAAUAAAGAUAUUCCUCAAGGCAGCAUUUUCCCUGUUAGCUAGUUGUGGAGUUUUGAGUGUCUCGUCUGACAGAACAGUGCUUCACUGUUGCUGGGUGUGGAGAACAGUGAGGUGCAGAUAGUGUGGAGCACUGUAGCUAGGUGGAUGGGAGCUGCAGUGCUUGCACAGUAUUGGUCUCCCAUCCUGGAAAGCUCACAGAAAAUAGAAUUCCCCAAAUUUGAAAAUGCCUUAAAAAUAGUGUAAUCGCUGGCUGUCUUUCAAAACACAGCUUGAUAAAUAACUCCUCUUAAUUUUAUGUGAGAAAAUAAAUCAUUAGAUAUCCAGCCUUGGAAUGAUUAUUAUUUUUUUUUCAGAUUUUGGGAACACUUUCAUUCAAGGAGACAAUAGUUUCAUAUUUUAAUAACAUUAGCUGGCUAUUAUACUUCAAUGAAAUGUUGCAGCAAUACCAAAUUUAUCAUCCUAUGUCUUUAGAUACACAUGCUUUAGAUAAUAUAUUGCAGAUAUACACUACAACUGUUCAGACUAUACUUGAGCAGUUACAUAUAUAUGGGAGAACUGUGGUCUGCUGGUGUCUGAUAUUUCAAAGGUUCUUGUACAUACAUAUUUUAAUGAUUUAAGAAAUAAUAAAAUGACUAAAUUGCAGGGGCAGUUCAUGCCCCAUUUUCUUUUUCAGAUUUCUUCAGGUUUUUAGAUUGAUUGUAAACUUCUGGUGUUUGGUUUUGGUUUUUUUUGUUCUGUUCUUUUGGGGUUUUGUUUGUUUGUUUUUAUCUCCAAUUUUAUUAUCAUUUGAUUGGUCUGUUUAGUUUGUUGGUUCAUUUUAAGGAUAGUCACAAAGAAGCAAGCCUCUUCCCAGACGCAGGACUUCUUGAGCAGUUGGUGGAGGCAGUGCCCUGCAUUUAAUUGAUACCGGUCUAGAGAUUGCUUCUAUUCCACUCUUGCAUUAAGGGCAUUAUUGCUUAUUGCUGAAAGGAGACACCUUCCAACUCUAAGACAUGCUGCAUUUGGCCCUUGCUUUUCAGUUUUUGAAAUGGAAAUGGUUAUUGUUGAACAAUAUGCGUUCCCUCUGAGUAGUUACACAGGAUUUCAUCAUUGGUUCAGAUGCUUCUUUCCAACUCAGUCCCAUCCAGUGAGUUAAAAGAAAGUGGUCUUUCAAAUACCAAGUGAGGAAAAUCAUUCACUUUAGCCUAGUUGUACUAAAGCCUUAACUUUUCAUGAGCCUUUAAGCUGUAUCAUUAACUUCAUCUUGAUCAUUUGUCAGCUUCUUAAAUGGCGCUUUAUUGCUCUUAAUUUAUUGUACAAGGACAUAUUUACCCCUCAUCUUCAGAUGUUUGCAAAGAAUAUCUUUAAAAUAAGAUAAAUAAAUAAAGCACUAAUUCAUUGAAUAUGUCACUUUGGUUUUUAUUAUACAAAAACCAUGAAUUUUUUUUUUUUCCUUUUUCAUUUGCUGAAUCACCUCAUGGUCCUUUUUAGUGACUUUUGUCUAAGCAAAAUCUGAAUCUCAUGAUCCUAGCUUUUGAAACACUAUUUAAUGUAAAAUACUUUCCUUGUCGUUCAGAUAUGUAAAUCUCCUAUGUCCUUUCCUCUGUUCUGUACAUUUAAUGUACAUAUUUCUGUCUUGCGUGAUUUGUA